CGAGUCGUCUUGUAGUUUGGAAUUUUCUCCACCAACUACAACUGCAAGUUUGCAACAUAUCCCUCUCUCUCCUUCCCUAACCUACCAAAAUCAGGUAGUAAUAUGCUACAACACGGAGCCGCCGCCAUGGAGGCCGGAGUAGCAGCAGCUGACAUGGCCGGCGUAAGGAAGAGAGAAAGACCAUACAAAGGGAUAAGGAUGAGAAAAUGGGGAAAAUGGGUGGCGGAGAUUCGGGAGCCCAACAAACGUUCAAGGCUAUGGCUCGGCUCUUACUCUACCCCAGAGGCGGCGGCGCGUGCAUACGACACGGCGGUUUUCUACCUGAGAGGACCUACCGCAACGCUCAAUUUUCCGGAGCUUAUACCGAGCAUCGAGAAAUCCUCAGUCGAGGACAUGUCGGCGGCAGCGAUCAGGAGAAAGGCAACGGAGGUCGGAGCUGAAGUAGACGCGUACGGGAUGGCGGUGAUGAACAGCAAACGGCGCCGCGUUUUUGGUCAGAAGUGUGACUAUGUUGGCGGGUUAUUGGAGCGGGUUGACUUGAACAAGUUACCUUACCCGGAAAAUCAGGAUAAUGAUGUGGUGGGAAAAUAAGAGUACUGUUUUUAUUAAAAAUAGUCGAAAGAAGCUAUCUUACAACGGUGCCUGUUGCUAUCGUACGCGGUAAACCGGGGCUGAUGUUUCGUCCUUGGCAUGAUUGAUAUGACUUUCUUGUAAUAUGUAUCGAUUGUUUGAUAAACAUUAGAGUACCAAUUUAAUGGAUGUCUAAUCCUUGUAUCAUAAUCACAUAACGUUAUUAAGAAGUUCAUUAUUUCA